AGUUCAGUAACUUCAAGCCUUGCAACUUCAAGUACUACUGUAUUCCAGACUGUGACAAUGGUCAGACGAGGAUUCAUCAAAUCGCCACCGCCAAUUCCAAAUACUCGCAUGCGGAUACGUGAACUCCUGCCAGAUAUCUUCCUUGGCGACCAUUUUCCUGGGUUUCUCAAUUCUAUAACAGACGUACCUGGGGUCAGCGUCUCAACUCAAGAGAUUACAUCAUAUGACAAGACAGUUAACACUGGAGUAACCUGCAUCAUACCACGCGAAGACUGGUAUCACAAAGCCUGUUAUGCAGGGCUGUUCAGCUUCAAUGGGCUCGGCGAAAUGACUGGUACCCACAACGUUGCAGAGAGUGGAUUGCUACAUACGCCUAUUGUUCUGACUGGUAGCUUUGGUAUCGGAGCAGCUCAUCAAGGCAUUUUGGAGUAUGGUGUGCGGACCAUUGACAGGAAAUUCAUGGCUUUACCUGUUGCUGCCGAAACAUACGAUGGAUACCUUCAUGACUGUGCUUCCUUUGCUGUCACGCCCAAACACGUCGUUGAGGGGCUGCAGAAGGCAAAGUCGGGGGAAGCGGUGGAGGAAGGAAACAAAGGGGGUGGAUGUGGUAUGAUCUGUCAUGGCUUCAAGGGCGGAAAUGGGUCAUCGAGUCGGCUUGUUCAGAUCCCACAUUCUGACGAAACAUUCACAGUCGCUUGUAUGGUGCAAGCAAACUAUGGGAGUAUGGAUGGUCUGCGAAUUGCUGGCGUACCCGUGGGCCGUAUCCUAGCUGCCGAGGCAGAACGAGACAAGAAGAGAAAGAAAGCAAAGGAAGAUCUAGAAAAGGCAAAGGAGGAGAAAGACGGCAGCAUCAUCGUUAUCAUUGCUACAGACGCUCCUCUGCUGCCGCAUCAACUCACGAGAAUCGCCAAACGCGCCACUGUCGGUCUUUCGCGCGUUGGGGGAGUCGGAUACAACAUGUCUGGCGACAUCUUUCUGGCUUUCUCGACUGCCAAUGAGAUUUCUAUCAACCAAUCAAGCCCACCAGAGGGAGUUGUCAUAUCUGCAGUCCAUCGAGUCGAGGCCGUAGAAGACUCUGCAUUGAGCUGGUUGUUCGAGGGUACUGCUGACUGUGUUGAGGAAGCAAUUUACAAUUGUUUGUGCAUGGCCGAGACGAUGGAAGGGCUCGACGGGCACAAGGUGGAAGCAUUACCCUUGCAGAGGGUCAAAGAGAUCAUGCAGGAUUAUGGCAAAUCUCAGAUGGGCUGAGUGCGUCGUGCAAAGAUAUGAUACUUUUGAGAUAUGUAGAGGUGUCUUUCUACCCUUACUUGGAUAUUUGACCAUGAUGCUUCGAGAAGAAGUCCAAUCUGCACAUAUCAUUGCUGGAAUGCAGACGCCGGUUUGCGGCAGGAUUCAUUUUGGGUUGAGGCAGAAUGGUCUAGCUGCUGUUCCGUGACAUAAAAACAAUUUAGAAGUGGGCAGUCAAAAGACCGGGAUAUGCCAGCACUGUUUGUCUUUUUCGGCAGCCAAUUGUAACAAAGAUCUGAUC